AUUGCAUUGUCAGGGAUGCCUGUUGCCCCUCUUUCCCAGUUUAAGCUGGAACAUGCUCUUCAACAAAAGAUGAAGCACUCAAAACAAGCUUGUUAUCAUGAAGAAGAUGACAGAGGAGAAGAAAAAACUACAAAUAGCCGAAAACAUAAGAAGAGGUCUCAUAGUAGUGAACGAAAUUACAGACGCUAUAAAUUUGAAAUGGGGAAAUAAUGUGAAUAUAUUUUCAGUAACUACUUGGAUGAUACAUCCACACAUGAAAGAGACCAUCAUGACCGAAGAUAUGUUGAGGAAUAUCGAAAUGACUUCUGUGACGUAGAUGACCAUAAGCAUUAUCACAGACAUUAUGAAAAGAGCCAUUGUCAUCAUUAUAUCAAAUCUUCUGGUCAAAGUGGGAAAAAGAAUCAUAAACGAAAGCAUAAGAAACACAAUCCCAGCAACAGCUCACAUUCGAAGAGCCAUCGAAAGAAAAGAUCCAGGAAUGUAGAGGAUGAUGAGGAGGGUCACCUGAUCUGUCAAAGUGGAGACGUACUAAGAGCAAGAUAUGAAGUUAUCACUACUUUAGGAGAAGGCGCCUUUGGGAAAGUUGUAGAAUGCAUUGAUCAUCACAUGAGAAAAAUGCAUGUAGCUAUAAAAAUUGUAAAAAGUGUUGGUAGAUAUCGAGAAGCAGCUCGUUCAGAAAUACAAGUAUUGGAGCAUUUAAAUACCUUGGAUCCUAGUAGUACAUUUCGUUGUGUACAGAUGUUGGAAUGGUUUGAACAUCAUGGUCAUGUCUGCAUUGUAUUUGAACUCCUGGGACUCAGUACUUAUGAGUUUAUUAAAGAAAAUAGUUUUUUGCCAUUUUCUAUUGAACUGAUUAGGAAGAUGGCUUUUCAGAUUUGUCAGUCCAUAAACUUCUUGCAUCAUAAUAAGUUGACUCAUACAGAUCUAAAACCUGAAAAUAUUUUAUUUGUAGAGUCUGAUUAUAUAGUAAAGUACAAUUGUAAAAUGAGGCGAGAUGAACGGACCCUGAAAAACACAGAUAUUAAAGUUGUAGACUUUGGUAGUGCAACAUAUGAUAAUGAACAUCACAGCACUUUAGUCUCUACACGUCAUUAUAGAGCACCUGAAGUUAUACUUGCACUUGGUUGGUCUCAGCCCUGUGAUGUCUGGAGUAUAGGCUGCAUUUUGAUUGAAUAUUAUCUUGGUUUCACUGUCUUCCAGACACAUGACAGUAAGGAACACCUGGCAAUGAUGGAGAGGAUACUUGGGCCUUUACCAGUGCACAUGAUUAAAAAAUCACGGAAAUGUUACUUUCAUCAUAACCAACUGGACUGGGAUGAACAAAGCUCUGCAGGCCGUUAUGUUAGGAGACGAUGCAAACCACUAAAGGAAUUUAUGCAUUGUCAUGAUAAAGACCAUGAGAACCUUUUUGAUCUCAUCCGCAAGAUGUUAGAAUAUGACCCAGCCAACAGAAUAACUCUAGAUGAAGCCUUGCAGCAUCACUUCUUUGAUUCCCUAAAAGCUAGAUAGCUUUUCUUGUCUUCCUUAAAGGAAAUGGACUAGGUCUGUCAACAUCUGUUGUGAGAUGUUGUAAAUAAUAAAUUAAUUUGUACAGUUGUUUCUGUAAAUAUAACCGUUACGUGUCUAUACUGAUGCUCCUGUAUUAUCUGGUUGAACAGUUACAGCUGAUCAUGGAUGUUAUCAUGUAAACAUUAAAGGAACAUUUUUACAA